AUGGCGUCUCAUAUGUCGCGACUGAUUUGCAAUGACCAAGGAGAGUACAUUUUUCUAGGCCCAUCUGCCAACCUAUCUGUCCUUCAAAGUAUACGCCAAAUCAUACAUAAUACGCUCGGUGCUAGCCAGUUCGCAGAGGUGCCAGCUGAAAAUGACCCAGUCAAUGCGAGUCUCACCCAUACAGUCGAUAGCAUUGAGACCAGGGCGGAACCUCCACGACCUUCUGUUGAUGAUGCUCAAUACUACAUUCGAUGGUUUUCAAGUGCUAUGAGUUGUGUCUUCGAUCUGUUCGAUUAUGAAGAGCUAGCAACCACGAUACUUCCCUGGCUCGAACAGCCUCCCUCAAUCGACACGAGUACUUGCAUUUAUUUCCUUGUACUCGCGAUCGGCGCUCAGUGUGGCCCGAAGAAUCGCGAUGGCGAAGCUGAAGAAUAUUUCAACUACGGCCAGUAUCUGUCAUCGUCAAGGCUUGGCCAAAUUACCAAUAUUGCCGUUGUUCAAAUUCACUGCCUUGUCGCUACAUAUCUCCUCAAUGCCGCAUGCCCUCACUCAGCCAACAUGCAGCUCGGACUAGCUAUACGAGCUGCACAUUCUUUGGGUAUCCACCGUGCCGAUAUCAAUGCUCUCUUUCCGCCGGCGGAGAACUCGAAGCGUGAGCGGAUAUGGAAGGUCCUUCGCGUUCAGGAUCUUUUCUUGAGUACAUCACUUGGGCAACAACCAGCAACAACGGAGACGCGGAGAAAUCUGCCUGAUCGCGGCUACUCAGCUUCCACGGAUUUGUGUCAUAUAUUCGAGAAAAUUCUCUCCGAGGUGUACUCCAAAGAAGAGGUUUCUCCCCAGGCGCUAGAACACGUCAGUCAACAUCAUCGGGAAUGGGCUUCGCGGUUUCGAGAAGGUCUUGUCACAGACAAUAUUUCCAUGGAUGAACAUGAAGGCUCCGAUAGUGGGCCAAAACAGCUGAAUAUUGGUCUUUGUCAUCUGAAAGAGGCCUACUACUGGACGAUCAUGCUAGUCACCCGUCCGUAUUUGAUGGACCUCGUACAAAGGCAACUUGCCAACGAAGGAGAUCCCUCGCUUCCGAAUACUACCGAUGAAAUGCUCCCCUCACUAGCCAAUCCUUCAGAUACUUUAUUUGCCCAUGCUUCAGUCAACUCGGCAGUACUCACAAUCGACCUCCUACAAUCAUUCUUGCACGAGAAGGAGAUACCGAAGCGCCUUCCUUACGUUGUCAACUCAGUUUUCAAUUCUGCUCUCGUGUUGGGCGUAGGAUAUCUUGCGAACCUUGACUCGAUUUACCCGUUAAACCAUGCGUUGCAUCUAGCAGAAAGAUUACUCGAACGCUUCCAACCCCAUGACGCACUCGCAAAGUGGGCUCUUAAGAUUGUCCGAGAUCUGCAUAACACGUGCCAUAGGUUUGUCGAAAGACGAUGUGACCGCCAGUUGAAGCAUCAAGGAGCUCUAUUAGAAGGCUUAUUUGGUGACGUGCAGUCCUUUGAGCGUCAAAAGCCGCCACUUUAUGCCCCUCAAUCUUGUCCGGAUGACGACUCUCAGCUCCAAAACCAGGCAUCGGACUUGGAAGAGUUCUAUCAUCUACCUCAAACCUCGUUUUCCGAACUACCCCGCAACUUGCAGGCCGAUGAAAAUGUGGAUACAUGGGACAAUUUGUUCUACGAUUCCUUUCCGGGCCCAUUGUGGGAAGCAAACUUGGAGCCGGGAAGUUUGCCUUUUGAUUGGCCUUGA